AUGAGUAAUAGCAGAGAACGGAGGAGGAGAAUCGCAGAGAGAGGAAGUGAUCGCAUCGCUCUCAUCACUGGCCGAGUCCAGACCCUUCCUGCAUCACCAACUCUCCAUCAUCAUGCGCACACAGAAUCAUCACCGCCUGCGUUCUCCUCCUAUGAUUCAGAAGCCAUUUUCUCCGAUCAAAUCGACGCUGGUAACAAAGACGGCUUUGGCUUUCAACAUGAAAUUGGGGAUGAGUUUGAAAACCAAGAUAAACCACAACUGCGCAAAUGUAAGACUGGCGCAGAGCCAAAACAAGGCCAUUUCUCAGAGACCGAAACAAGAACAGUAGUUCAAAAGGCACCAAAUGACUUUCAAAAGCCACACCCUAUUCAGUCUAACCAUUUCUUCUCUUCCAAGCUGUUAAAUUCUUGCAUUGUAGCUUCUGAGCCGACUCGCGCUAUGUGUUCUCUCAUGAUAGCUCUUCUGGUGGUUCUAUCUUACGUCGAUUACCCGCUAUUUGGUUGGAACAUUGUGAGAUCAGAGAGUAUUGUAGCCUCUAGACCUCUUUAUAUACUUUUGCUGAUGGAUGUAACUAUUGUACUCGCUCGAGUGUUUUACGAGAAGCAGAAAGAACAUGGAGCUCAGGAAGGAAAAGUUGCUCCUCGGGCGCACAAUUGGGAAGGAGCCGAGAAGCUGUUGGAGCGGGGAUUGGUCGCGUACCAGGCCAUUCGGGGAGUCUUUAUCGAUUUUAGCAUUUACACGGUGGUGGUGGUGUGCGGACUCUCUUUUAUUUAACUCUAGUAGAAGAUAAAUUCCUUUUUUUUUUUCUCUGCUGAGAAAUAAUUUUCUUGUCAUCUCCAUUUGAAUUUAUUUCACUUUUUCUCAGA